UUCGUGAAAGCGAGCUAUUUUUUACAUCCAUCUAACUUGCGAGAUUAUUAUAGCCUGAUUUUUUGAUUAAAUAUUCUUCAUUCUAUAUAUGCUAUUGUUAUGCAUCUUAUGUUACACACUUAUGAAAUAUGUAAACAUGGUUGCAUAGGUACAUUUUAUACAAAAAUAUCUUAGUUGCAUAAUAAAUAUAAUAUUUCCCAAGGGAAAGAUUACUUACGUAAUAAUUUUUAAAUAAAUGUAAAUGCAUAUAAUGGGAUAGUUGCAAUAAUUUGUUUGUAUAUUGCAUAAGACAGUUCCUUAAGUAUGAUGGUCUGUGGGGCUUUACGUUAACCUCAAAAAACAUAACCUAAUGAUUCUUUGUUAUUGAAACUCGUUAAAUACAUUUUGUUAGUUGACCUGCCUUUUAAGUAUUACUCUACUUUAAAAGUUAUUCUUUGACAAUGGCGGAAGACAAGAUAGGAAAUAUGGAAGAACAAGCGCUAAAAAGGCGUGAAAAACUACUUCAAUUAAAACGCAAACGAGAAGGCAAAACCGAUGAACCAAACGCCGAACAAAAAGCAACAGAUGAAAAACUACCCAAGCCAAAAUUCCGAAGCUACAAACCUGCAGAUGAGUCCUUGGAGGAGCACGUUUUGCCUAGCACAAAACCAGGAGAUGUCGGAGCCCAAGUCAAGGAUCAGUUGGAAUCGGCCAAAUCGGAGACGGUUAUCGACCAGUUGGAUUUGUCCACUCUGGCACCAAGGAAGCCUGAUUGGGACUUGAAGAGGGACGUGGCCAAGAAGCUGGAAAAGCUGGAGAGGCAAACACAAAAAGCAAUUGCCGAACUCAUCAGAGACCGGUUUAAACAAGGGCAUGAGGAUCUUGCUGCUGUGGUUACCAUUGGAGCUGAUGCUGGUGGAAAUGAGCCUUAAACAAUGGGAAUUUGUUUUGAUCACCACCAAAAAAAUAUUUUAAUUGUUUAAGUAUUUAUAUGUAUAUUUUUGUAUGUGGAUACUUAGGUAAUUUAUAAGGACUUAAAAAUAAAUAAAUCUUUUUUACCGUU